CGGAACCGCAGGUGUUCAGCGCCGGUGACCCGUUCCGCCGCUCACGAUCUGGGUCCGCCGGAGUCGGGGGCGGGGUGGAAACGGUUCUUGAGCCGCCCGGAGGAUUGCAAGUUGUCGCGGGAGCCACUGGGAGGAGCGGCCCUGGACCCUCAGAAGAGUCCAGAUGGCACAGUGGGAGAUGCUGCAGAAUCUUGACAGCCCAUUUCUGGACCAGUUGCACCAGCUCUACUCUCAAGUCCUCCUGCCAAUGGAUGUUCGACAGCACCUGGCUGCCUGGAUCGAAGACCAGAACUGGAGGGAAGCCGUGCUAGGAAACGAUCACUCCAAGGCCAACAUGCUGUACUUCAACAUCUUGGAGCAGCUGAAGCAGUGGGACCACAGCUCGGAUCCUGAUUGCUUUUUAUUGCAGCAUAACUUGCGAAAAUUCAACCGGGACAUCCAGACUUUACCCAAUGGUCCUACCCAGUUGGCUGAGAUGAUCUUUAACCUUCUCCUAGAAGAGAAGAGAAUUCUGAAUCAGGCUCAAAGGGCUCAGGAGGUGCAAGCUGGGCCAGCUCCCGAAGCAGCCGCGAGAAGCCAGCAGCUGGAGAUUGAAACCCGAAUCCUGGAUUUACAGGCUGUGGUUGAGACGUUUGUGAAAUCAGUCAGGCAACUGAAAGACCUGCACGAUGUCUUCAGCUUCCGAUACACGAUUCUCACUCAGAACAAGACGCCAUCUUUGGACCCCCAUCAGAACCAACAGCAACAGCUUGUACAGACAACAGCCAACAAACUGGACAGAAUGAGAAAGGAGGUGCUGGAUACCUCCAGGGCCCUAGUGGGCCGAUUAACCACCCUGGUCGACCUGUUGCUGCCAAAAUUGGAUGAGUGGAAGAUGCAGCAGCAGAAAUCCUGCAUUGGAGCCCCACCACCGGAGCUGCAGCUGGAACAGCUCGAGCAGUGGAUGACAUCUGGAGCAAAACUCUUGUUCCACCUCCGGCUGCUGCUGAGACAGUUAAAGGAAAUGAGUUACAUGCUGAAGUAUGAGGGUGACAUGUUUAGCCAAGGGGUGGACCUGCAGAAUGCCCAAGUCACGGAGUUACUACAGCGCCUGCUCCAAAGGUCCUUUGUGGUGGAAUCCCAGCCCUGCAUGCCCCAAACUCUCCACCGACCCCUCGUCCUGAAGACUGGGAGCAAGUUCACUGUCCGAACAAGAUUGCUGAUAAGACUCCAGGAAGGCAACGAGUCACUCAAAGCAGAAGUCUCCAUUGACAGGAAUUCAGAGUUAUCAGGCUUCCGGAAGUUCAACAUUCUGACCUCAAACCAAAAAACCUUGACCCCUGAGGAGGGCCAGAGACAAGGCUUAAUUUGGGACUUCGGCUUCUUGACACUGGUGGAGCAGCGUUCAGGUUCAGGAAAGGGUAACAAUAAGGGGCCGCUGGCUGUGACGGAGGAGUUACACAUCAUUAACUUCGUGGUGCAAUAUGUAUACCAGGGUCUGAAGAUGGAGCUGCAGACGGACACACUUCCUGUGGUGGUCAUUUCCAACAUGAACCAGCUCUCCGUUGCUUGGGCCUCAGUUCUCUGGUUCAACAUGCUCAGCUCAAACCCCCAGAACCUCCAGUUCUUCUGCCAGCCCCCAAAAGCCCCCUGGAGCUUGCUGGAGCCUGUCCUCAGCUGGCAGUUCUCCUCCUACAUUGGCCGAGGCCUCGGUUCUGAGCAGCUGAGCAUGCUGAGGAACAAGCUAUUCGGAAAGAACUGCAAGGUGGAGGAGGCACUGUUGUCCUGGGUGGACUUCAGUAAGCGAGAGAGCCCCCCUGGCAAGAUCCCUUUCUGGAUAUGGCUGGACAAAAUUCUGGACCUGGUCCAUGACCACCUGAAGGGUCUCUGGAAUGACGGGCGCAUCAUGGGCUUUGUGAGCCGGAGCCAGGAACGCCGGCUGCUGAAGAAGAUGGUUUCUGGCACCUUCCUGCUGCGCUUCAGCGAAACUACCGAAGGCGGCAUCACUUGCUCGUGGGUGGAACACCAGGAUGAUGAUAAAGUGGUCAUCUACUCAGUGCAGCCCUACACCAAGGAAGUGCUGCAGUCACUCCCGCUGACAGAAAUCAUCCGCCACUACCAGGUUCUUGCGGACGAGAAUAUCCCUGAGAACCCGCUGCAAUUCCUCUAUCCCAGAAUCCCUCGGGACGAAGCUUUUGGGUGCUACUACCAGGAAAAAGUUGAUUUUGAAGAACGGAGGAAAUAUCUGAAGCACAGGCUCAUCGUCAUCUCUAACAGACAGGCGGACGAGCUGCAGCAACCUCCGGAGCUUCAACAGGAGCCAGAACUGGAGCCAUUAGAGCUAAAUGCAACCAUGGCAACCAUGGAGUUAGAGCAAGACCUGGAGUUACCGAUGCUGCUGGAGACAGGGCUGGAACUAAACCCCACACCGUGUGUGACCCCACCGCCAAGUCUGGAGACAGACCCAAGACUUGUAGCACAGCUCUUGCCAGAGUCAGAUUUACCUCAUGAUCUGCAGCAGCUGAACAUGGAGGAGAUGGAAAUCUUCAGAAACAGCAUAGACAUUCGUAACAUCAUGCCCCACGGGGACCCACUGUUGGCUGGCCAGAACAUCGCAGACGAAGCCUACAUGUCCUGCCAAAGCCAUUUUCAUGUGGAUGAACCCUUGAUUCCUUCUGAUGACUAGGAGCCACGUUCCCGUUUUGCCCCGCCCCUCGCACGCACCAGGACGUUGCUUCCAACAGUGGCAAAUGAGGCCUUCGAAGCUGCAUUAGCCAUGAACUUUGGAGUAGGAGGGAAAAGCAUAAGAUGGCUUGGAAGCUGUGCCAAGGAGUCAGAAGAGACACUGGCUGUAGUCGUACUAGGAUCCGAAGGCUGCCUGCCAUGCUGGAAGACCCAGGAGUCCUGAGGGCAAGCAGGACAUUUGGGAGAUUAUUAAAGGGUCCAAAGCAGUAUUUCUCCAGUAUGGGAGGAUUUUAGUGGUCUGAUGAUCGGUAAGGCUAAACUGGUGUGAGCCAUAACUGGGUCUUUGUGGGGAGCACAGAGAUGGACGGAAUUUUGUCUACCCCCCACCCUUUGCAAUCCUGGGUCUUACCAAACCCAGAGUCUCACAUGUGGUAGGCAACCACAUGAUACUGAGCCAUACCCAAGUCCCGUAGCCCUCCCUUCCGGUUACUUCAGAUCUAACCUAACCUUUUCCUUUUCCUUUUCCCCUCUCCUUUUCCCUUCACUCCUGACUCCAGUUCUAAACAUCUUUGUUCCCUGUAGAGGCUGAGAGCUGUCUGCUUCAGCCCACUAUGUGAAACUCUAUCCUGAGGAAGGGCAUGCCAAUAGGGUUCCUCCUACAGCAUCUGCCUGGUGGCGGCGCAGUCCUCCCCUCCACAAUAACCCUGAGACUCUUCCGAAGAUGUGUAGUUGUGCUGCUUCAGCAGCCUUACCUCUGCUUCCCCAGCUCUGGGGGGCAUCCCUCCUAGAGGUCUGGAAGGCAAGGUGUCUGAGCGCUGGGAUUGCUUUUCGUGGUGUUCAGUAGGACUGUUUGACAGGAAGUGCCGCAGCUGGGCUGUGAUAAUAAGUUGUCACUGCUUCUUCUGUACAUUGUUAACAUGAAAGCACAGCUCCAUCCCUUAGGCAUGGCCUGGGCAAGGACCUCAGAGGCUUCUGGACAUCCUUAAGCCUCAGCCAUUGCCAGGGAGCCCGGGAGCAGCUGCCACUACUCUAAGGUCGGCUUGUGGUAGGACUUGGUUAAUGAACCUGAGGCAUACUGUGACUGUUGCUACCCGGGGUGUCAGAAGAGCAGUCCUGUUGAGGGAGGAUGCCAUGAAGGGGACUUGAACAAAGCCAAGGGACUAGACGUGGAAGAUGCACAGAGGAACAAGGAAACUCAGGGAGCUAAAAUCAGAAGUCAUGAGAAAAAGGCCCUGGCUGACAGGUGAAGUUAAGAUUCCAGCAGAAGCUGGGCUGGGUGGCGUACGCCUUUAAUCCUAGCACUCCGGAGGCAGAGGCUGGUGGAUCUAUGUGAGUUCAAGGCCAGAUGGUCUACAAAGUGAGUUCUGGGAUAGCCAGGCCUACACAGAAAAAGCCUGUCUCAAAAACCUAAAACACACAGACACAGAAAA